GCCCCCGACUUUAUCCGCAGUCCUCGCUCUCGUUCUCGCUCUCGCUCUCGCUCGGUGCCGCCGCCGUUGCAUUUGGCAUGCCCAUGGCCAUGGCAAUGGCCGCCAGUGGUGCCGCCGGGAAAGCCCUCUUUUCCGCUUCCUCCUCGUUAUUCUUUUCGCGCACCUUCCGCUCCUUCUCCAAUCCCCGCCUCCCGCCACUGCCUAGGCUUUUCCCUGUGCUCGCCCGCCCUCUAUGCCUCUCCUCAAUUCCCGCCUCCGCAGCCUCCACGACUACCGUCGAGCCGGAGCAGGCAGUGAAACCCCUCCUGCACUCGGUCCUUCUUGAGCGCCUGCGCCAUCGGCAUCUCAAGGACCAAGCCAAGGGAGCCGUCCAGUCGCGAGCGUCGUCCCCUUCCUCGCUCCCAAAGCCUGCGAAUGUUGCGGCCAGGAAGAAGAUCAAGGAUACACGGAGCAAUACGGUGGACAGCUUUGAGGAAUUGGACCUCAGUGACGAGGUGAUGGGGGCCGUGAAGGAGAUUGGCAUCUCUGUGCCUACCGAGAUCCAGUGCAUCGCUGUGCCUGCGAUUCUCGAGGGUAAAAGUGUGGCUUUGGGCUCUCAUACUGGUUCUGGGAAGACCCUGGCGUAUAUGUUGCCUAUAGUCCAGUUGAUGCGGCAUGAUGAAGAAGUGUCUGGAAAGUUGAUGAAAUCCAAGCGUCCCAGAGUGGUGGUACUUUGUCCUACGAGGGAGUUAUGUGAACAGGUUUUCCACGUAGCAAAGUCCAUUAGCCACCAUGCACGCUUUAGAUCUACGAUGAUCAGUGGAGGUGGCCGAUUAAGACCCCAAGAGGAUUCACUAAGUGAACCAAUUGAUAUGGUUGUUGGAACCCCAGGGAGAAUUCUUCAGCAUAUCAAUGAAGGAAACAUGGUGUAUGGGGACAUAAAGUACUUGGUGUUGGAUGAGGCUGACACAAUGUUUGAUCAAGGUUUUGGUCCUGACAUACGCAAGUUUCUUGGUCCCCUAAAGAGUCGUGCAGAAAAACCCGGUGACCAAGGUUUUCAAACUGUUUUGGUGACUGCAACAAUGACCAAGGCUGUGCAGAAAUUGAUUGAUGAAGAAUUCCAGGGAAUAAUUCAUUUAAGAACUUCUAGUUUUCAAAAGAAAGUUGCAUCUGCUCGACAUGACUUUAUAAAGCUUUCUGGUGCAGAAAAUAAGCUUGAAGCUCUUCUACAGGUUCUUCAGCCAAGCUUGGUAAAGGGUAACAGGGUAAUGGUAUUCUGCAAUACUUUGAACUCAAGCCGUGCUGUUGAUCAUUUCCUUGGUGAGAAUCAAAUAUUCACCGUAAAUUACCAUGGCGAGGUGCCUGCAGAAGAAAGAGUCGAAAAUCUGAAAAAGUUUAAGAGUGACGAUGGAGAUUGUCCUACUUUGGUGUGUACGGAUUUGGCUGCUAGAGGACUUGACCUUGCUGUGGAUCAUGUUAUCAUGUUCGAUUUUCCCAAAAACUCAAUCGAUUAUCUUCAUCGGACGGGAAGAACUGCUCGUAUGGGUGCCAAAGGCAAAGUGACUAGCCUAGUUGCAAAGAAAGAUCUGCCUUUAGCCACAAGAAUUGAGGAAGCGUUGAAGAAAAAUCAGAGUUUGGAAUCACUCAGUAUUAACACUGUGAAAAGAGAUGCUGCUAUAUCAAGACAGAUUAAUAAGACAUACAAAAUGAAAGUUUUGUCCAAGCCUUCAUCCAAAAUUGGCAAAAAGGAUUCUGCUUCCCCAAACUCACUAGCUAGUAAGAAAGGAGUCGCUGCUUCUCCGAGUAAAACAAAGAAGGGUAUCACUCUCUCGAGGGCGAAUAAAUCCUCCAGUGCUUCGAGAAGGGAAUCACCUAAAGGCAACAAGCUUCGCCAGACUAAAACAUCUGGUGCUAAAAAAGCUCCUACAUCUAAACUUAGCGUUGUAGGCUUCAGGGGCCGUAGUUCUGCUGGCAAAAGUGCCGCUUCCAAAAAUUCCACUAGGAGAUCAACCUGAAGUCUAAAGACAUAUUUGGCUCCUUUUCGAGGGUGGAGAUGCAUUGGAAGGACUUUCUUCAUUUGCAGAGUGGAGGUGCAUUGGAUGCACCUCGCAAUGUGUUUGGGAUAGCACCGACAUCGCCGUCGAACAAUUUGAAUCGCUUGGCUUCGAAUUCUUGACCGAUGCGGCUCAGUCGGCUGAGCUCCGGCAGAACGGCCUUGGACAGAUCAGGGCGGUCCUUUCUCCUCAACUCGGCGCACUUCAGAGCCAGCUUAGCGAAUGAAAUGGCCUCUUCCGCCGGCCAAUCCGUGACAGAGCCGUCGAGCAUCUCUGCCAAUGCCCCCCUCUCGACGGCCAGCUCCACAUGGCGCGUCAGCCCCAUCGGACCUCUCGCCGUGAUGAUCUGCAGCAGCAGCACGCCGAGCGAGUACACGUCGGACUGGACGCAGAGCAUGCCGGACUGCUGGUAUUCCGGGUCUAUGUAGCACAUCGUCCCGGCGGCCGAAGUCAUCCUGCACUGGGUGACGUCGUCCGCCACCGCGGCCGGCACCAGCCGUGCGAGGCCGACGUCGCCGAUCUUGCUCACGUAGUUGCGGUCGAGGAGUAUGUUGGCGGGUUUGAGGUCUCUGUGAACCAGCGGCUCCGGCUUCGCCUGGUGAAGGAAGAGCAAGGCGGUGGCUAUCUCCACCGCAAUCUUGAACCUGGCCGGCCAGGGAAUCGGCGGAGUGUUUCCUCGCCGGAACAGCCUGUCCUCCAGACUCCCGUAGUCCAUGUACUCGUACACCAAACAUCCGUACUCCGGGCACGCCCCGAGCAGCAGCACCAUGUUGGGGUGCCGGAUGCUGCUCAGAAUCUCUACCUCCUGCUGGAACUGCCUCCUCCCCUGCGCCGCGUCCGGUCUCAGAAUCUUGACGGCGACGGGGGUGUGAUCGAGCACGCCACGGAACACAGGCCCGUAUCCGCCCUCACCGAUCUUCAGGGACGGGGAGAAGAAGCUCGUGGCCACUUCGAUCUCAUCGAUGCUGUAGCUCCGACACCUCAAGUCGGAGCGAAGAAGAGACUGGUGCUGCUCCUUGGCCGCCGCCCGGCUUCUGGCUUUCGACUCCGCUUUGAGUCGCCGCUUGACCUCGAGCUCUGCGAUCCUCUGCGCUGCGUCGGCGACCUCCAGAGCCGCCUUGCACUUGGAUUUCUCUACCGCAGCAAGCGCAAGGGCGGUCUCUUCCGACUGCCUCACGCUCUCGACUUUCCGCACUUCCUCUAUCUUCAUCCUCUGCAGCUCCUCCGCCUCGUCUUGGGCCAUGAUCGCCUCUUUCAGAGCCGCGUUGCACAUUUCCGUCGUCUGCUUUAGCUCGAGCCUUAGCCUCCGCAGUUCGUCCCCCGCCGACCGUCGUCCUCCCUGAUCACGUACCGGAACUGCAGAGGAAAAUGACGUCCGACUCGGACAGCUUUCCUCGUUUCCCAACUCCGAUUCAUCCAUUUUCCUUGCCAAGUCAACGUCUUCGCCGGAUAUUGAGCGAAGAUGGCGGAACCUAACCGGCGCGAUCGAGGAUUCACGCGGCGUCGAAUGCAUGCUCCUCGUAUCAAACUGCCCGACGGAGCAAUCCAACUGCGGUAAUGAUUGAGAUGGCGUGGGAUCGAGUUGCAGUGAACGCCUGGGAGGAACAUCAUCGACUUUGGCCGCCGCCGGCCGCACUUUGGCCGUCCGGCUCGUCAGUAGCUUCCCUUUGUAUAUCACGUAUACUCCACACCAAUCGGGCAGGCCUUUCAUCAAACACGUCGGAAUAUCCGGAUUCAGAAACCUCCUGAUUCAACAGAAUAUUAAAUUAAAAAAAAAUGAGAGAAAACAAAAACAAACAAAAUAGGCGAGAUGUGGAGACCUACAUGAGUGCGUUCCUGUUGUUAGCUCCAAGAACGACGCUUUGGAUUCUGUUGGCAACGACGUAGUCGACUAUGGCUCUCGGUACGUCCCAACCUUCCAGCACCACCUUCUUCAUUUGCAACUGCAAUUUAAUUAAUUUCCAUGAGCAAUAUAAUCGAAUUAAUUAAGGAAGUAGCUAGUGUUUUUCAAGCCAACUGCUAAUUAAUUAAUUAAUUAAUUACGUCUUUACGGGCACAGAGAGCUCUGUAAGGAAGAAAGAUCUCGGCGGCCUCGGCGUCCUCUUGCACAAUCUUCCACUCUGAACCGCUCGAUCUUCCGGUUUUCACAGGGCCAUCCACUGCAAUGAAUUUACAAAGAAAUUACCGUCAGAUAUUGAAAUUAGUUAAACAAUGAAUUAAUAACCCAUUUAAGUAACUGCAGAGCGAUCGAGAGAGCUGACCUUUUGGGCUCCUAACAUGAAUGGGGACUAUGGACUUGGUGUCGCCGAAGAGGAGGUGGUCGACCGCCCAUUUGAACGUUUGCUGGCUGUUCUUGCUUUUGUCAAUCGCCACCGCUAUCGCCGGUCGCCAUGGGCUAGAUUCGUCCGAUGAUGGCAACGAAGACGAGAGAAUGUCCAUUUGGUGCCGAUUCUUACACUAAACUAGUAGUAGCAAUAGUAAGAAUGAGGGAUGGAUUGAGAGGUUGAGCGAGGCGUCGAUGAAUAUAUAUGUAUACCUCUUCCUUCU